AUGUAGCCGUCCGCGUUCGUCAUUCAUUCACUCUCACAGGCGUAGGCGUAGUCCAGUCCAGCUUAGGCUCUAUAUAUUUAUUAUACCUCAAAUUCAAGAAAAUUCGCAUUCGUCAACUCCAUAACCAUAACCCCACGCUGCAACUUAGCUCAGCAUUUUGUUGUUUACGAGGGGGAGAGAGAGAAAGAGAGAGAGAGAGAUGGGAAGAGAGAGAGGAAAUGCAAAGGGAAAAGUAUUGGAGGAUCUGAUAGAGAAGGCCGGCGGUUGCGCCGUCUUGGAUGGUGGUUUCGCCACCCAGCUGGAGAAGCACGGCGCCUCCAUUAAUGAUCCACUGUGGAGCGCCCUUUGCCUUAUUAAAGAUCCUCAUCUCAUCACAAGGGUUCAUUUGGAGUACCUGGAAGCAGGUGCAGAUGUUCUAGUAACUUCAUCCUAUCAGGCAACUAUACCUGGAUUCUUAUCCCGGGGAUUGUCCACGGAAGAAGCAGAGUCGUUGCUUAAAACAAGUGUAAGAAUUGCUACCGAAGCCCGUGAUAAGUUUUGGGCUUCAGUUAAGAGGAAGCCUGCAGAACAUAAUUACAACAGGGCUCUGGUUGCUGCCUCCAUUGGAAGCUACGGUGCAUAUCUUGCAGAUGGUUCAGAGUACAGCGGGAACUAUGGUCCGACUGUAACUCUGGAGAAAUUAAAGGAUUUCCACCGGCGCAGGCUGCAAGUUCUUGUUGAAGCCAGGCCGGAUUUGCUUGCUUUUGAGACCAUUCCUAACAAACUAGAAGCUCAGGCUUGUGUGGAGUUACUUGAUGAAGAAAAUGUCGAGAUUCCUUCUUGGAUAUGUUUCAGUUCAGUGGAUGGUGAAAAUGCACCCUCAGGAGAAAGGUUUGAGGACUGUCUUGACAUAAUCAACAAGAGCAGUAAGGUUUGCGCUGUUGGGAUAAAUUGUGCACCACCUCAUUUUGUCCUAAGCCUUAUACAGAGAUUCAAAGAGCUGACUGCUAUGGCGAUUGUUGUCUAUCCCAACAGUGGUGAGACAUGGGAUGGGAUUGCUAAGAGAUGGCUGCCGUCAAAAUGUUUUGAUGACGAGAAGUUUGAGUUAUUUGCCACAAAAUGGAGGGAUGCCGGAGCAAAACUCAUUGGAGGCUGCUGUCGGACAACACCUUCUACUAUCCGAUCAAUUUCUAAAAUUUUGAAGGAGAGAAGCUGAUAGUUAGAAAUAGGACUAGUCGACAUAAUUGACUUACUCUGUAUUUUUGGUCUGUAUUAUGUAUUUAUUCCCUCACAAAGAACAGGCUCAAAUAUUGGCUGUCCUACCGAAUUUACAAGUAUUCAGCUUCAUUUUGGAUUCACAAGAUUAAUUUCUUCUUCAAAGAGAAAGGAAACAUUCAGGUGUGACAUAGAGAAUACAUAAAAGUACAAGCUGAUCAAGUAAUGUAAGAUAAUGGGAAAGACACACUGAUCAUUUUUU